GUUUUUUGUAGAAUGAAAUUUUGAGAGGGCGUUGCGUUUGAUUCAGACUUUCAUCAGAGUUCUACACGAAGCUAACAAUGGCGACCAAAGUACUCAUGGUCGCGGAGAAGCCAAGCAUCGCACUUUCGAUUGCUACAGCACUCUCCGGUGGUCGAAUGUCAUCACGAAGGGGUAGUACUGAGGUUCAUGAGUUUGAUGGAAUGUUUUUAGGAUAUCGGGUACAAUAUAAAGUGACAUCAGUAAUUGGUCAUGUUUUCAGUGUAGAUUUUCCACCAACUUAUCAAGAUUGGGCAGCUACAGAUCCUCUCACUCUUUUUCAAGCUCCAGUUCUCAAGUCAGAAUCCAACCCAAAAGCUCAUAUUCGUCAACAUCUAAAUCGAGAGGCUCGUGGUUGUGGAGAUUUGGUUCUGUGGUUAGACUGUGAUCGCGAAGGAGAAAAUAUAUGCUUUGAAGUUAUUGAGUGUGCUGGAUUUCAUCCGAAUGAUGGUAGAAGAAUUCAUCGUGCAAGAUUUUCUUCUGUGACUGAAAAAGACAUAACUCAUGCUAUGAAAAACCUUGUUCAACCUAAUAAAGAUGAGGCAUUGGCUGUAGAUGCUCGCCAAGAAAUAGAUUUGAAAGUUGGAGUUGCAUUUACACGGUUUCAGACAACUUACUUUCAAGGAAAAUAUGGGAAUCUUGAUUCCAGAGUUAUCUCAUAUGGCCCUUGUCAAACUCCUACACUUGGAUUUUGUGUGCAACGCUACCUUCAAAUUAGUACUUUCAAGCCAGAAAAGUUUUGGGUUGUGUUUCCUUACAUAAUAAAGAAUGGUUUUGAACUAAAGCUGGAAUGGGAUCGUAAUAGGUUGUUUGAUCAUGAUGUGGCAGAGAUGUUUCAGAAGAUAAUAUUGGAAGAUGCUGUUGUAAAAGUCACCAACAUUUCAGAAAAACAAGAAACCAAAGGUCGCCCUUCUGGCCUUAAUACAGUCAACCUUUUGAAGGUUGCUUCAAGUGCAUUAGGGUUGGGACCUCAUGUAGCCAUGCAAUUGGCUGAGCGUUUGUAUACCCAAGGUUUUAUCAGCUAUCCAAGAACUGAAAGUACAGCAUACCCUUCAUCAUAUGACUUCAAAGGGACACUUGGCACAAUAGUGAGUAAUCCAGUAUGGGGUAGUUAUGUCCAAACACUACUCACCAAUGGUUACCAUAAGCCUAAAUCAGGAACUGAUGUAGGUGAUCAUCCCCCAAUUACCCCUAUGAAGUCAGCUAAUGAAGAUAUGUUGGGUGGAGAUGCUUGGAGACUUUAUCAGUAUGUCUGUCAGCAUUUUCUUGGUACCCUCUCUCCUGAUUGUAAAUAUGUAAGGAAGAAAAUUGAGUUUUCUGUUGGUGGGGAGUUGUUCAGUUGUGUUGGACAGCAUGUGACAGUGAAAGGAUUUACUGCCAUAAUGCCAUGGUUGGCAGUUAGUGAGAAGAAUUUACCUCAAUUUACAGAAGGGGAGAAAAUAGAGAUUUUAAAAGUUGAGCUCUAUGAGGGUAAAACAGCACCUCCGGAUUACCUUUCCGAGAGCGAACUGAUCUCUCUAAUGGAAAAACACGGAAUCGGAACAGACGCUUCCAUUCCUGUCCACAUCAACAACAUAAGUGAACGCAACUAUGUCAAAGUAGAAUCCGGAAGAAAAUUAGUUCCAACAACUUUAGGCAUCAGUCUUAUACGAGGCUAUCAAUGCAUCGAUCCAGAUCUUUGUUUGCCAGAUAUCCGAAGCUUCAUUGAACACCAAAUCACUCUCGUUUCCAAAGGUCAAGCAAAUCAUUCCCUUGUUGUUCAACACGUUCUUCAACAGUUCAAACAGAAGUUCACUUACUUCAUCAAACAGAUUGAGAAUAUGGAUGCGUUGUUUGAAGCACAAUUUUCUCCACUUUCUGACACGGGACGUGCGCUUAGUAAAUGUGGGAAAUGCUUGCGAUAUAUGAAGUACAUCUCUAUGCUUCCAUCAAGGUUAUAUUGUAAUACAUGUGAGGAAGUCUAUUAUGUUCCUCAAAAGGGCACAAUCAAGCUCUACAAAGAACUGACAUGUCCUCUAGACAACUUCGAGCUUUUAUUAUUUUCCAUGGCGGGACCCGACGGAAAAUCAUUCCCAUUAUGCCCUUAUUGUUACAACAACCCUCCAUUCGAAGGCAUAGACACAUUAUUCGGUGCCCCAAAAACCGCCACCUCACCAAAACUAGGAAAAGGAGUCGGCAUGCCCUGUUUCCUCUGCCCGCACCCAACAUGCCGCCACUCUUUGAUAUCACAAGGCGUGUGUGCCUGCCCGGAAUGUGACGGGACCCUCGUCCUUGACCCGGUCAGCGCCCCUAAAUGGCGGCUAUAUUGCAACAUGUGCAAUUGUCUUGUUUUGCUUCCGGAAGGUGCUCAUAGGAUAAGUGUAACCAAGGAGAAAUGUAAGGAGUGUGAGAGUGGUAUUAUUGAAGUUGAUUUUAAUAAGAAAACUACGCCUUUGAAAGAUGGGGAAACGUUGCAUGUUGGGUGUAUACUUUGUGAUGACUUGUUGCAUUCGCUUGUGGAAAUGAAGCAUGGGAAGUCGUUUUUUAGAGGGAGAGGGAGAGGGAGGGGUAGGGGGAGGGGGAGAGGUAGGGGGAGGGGGAGAGGUGGGAGGAAACAAGACCCGAAAAUGAGUUUUAGAGAUUUUUGA